AAUUGAGUGGCCUUUGUUCGAGUAGAGAGAGCAAUCAUCCAAAAAUCGAUCUGGAACGAGCAGUGGUCUGUGAACUCGAGCUGUGGGAGUGCUGAGACUGUUUGGUCGAUAUCUCGAGUUUUACAAAUCCAAUUAAGGCGUGUGAGAUACCCACAGAAAGCUCUCAAGACGAGGAAUCCGUGAAGGUCUGGUUUGCAGGAAUCGGAGUUGUGGAAGGCUUCCAAAUCGUCCGAGCAAAACACAACCUCGCAGGAGAGGAUUUGAUCUUCUAAAAGAAACGAGUUGACCGGGAAACACCCGUUCUAGGGGCUGUUUUCGUAUCAACGAUUAAGGGUUGAACUAGCACUUUGAGGAGGCUGUUUAACACUCAUAUUUGAGCAAGGAAUCAGUUCCAAAUCCACCUUGACCAAAGCUUUGACCAUUGGACCAAGAAGGGAAAGUUUAAAGCUCAAUUGAGGUUGAGGCUAGAGCUUGCUUCCUGUGCUCGUUGCCCGAGUGAUUUCCCCGGAGAGAAGACUUGGUUCGUGCUUCCUCCAUUCAGUUUUAGAACAUUAAUAAACAUGCUCAUGGAUAUUUUACUUUAGAGCCUGCGUGCUCAUGUUUGCCCUGUGUGGCCCUUUGUUUUAAACAAUGUUUUCCGCUGCGUAUUGAAUUGCUUAUUAUGAAUGUUUAUGGAUGACUUAUGUGUGAAUGAUAUUCAUGACGCCUUGUAUAAUAUGAAUGUGUUGGACUGCGGUUGACUAUUCGUAUUGUACGGCGGGUUGUUGACGUGUCCGGGGAGGUCCGGGGCGUGACAAUUAAGUUGGUAUCAGAGACUUAGUCCAUAAACUUCAUAAUGAAGUCUCAAAAUUCUCUUUUUGAAAAGAUUUUGAAAACCAUGAGCAUAGAAGUUUUGUACUUGGAGAGCUUUUGGUACUUGGGUUGCAAGGUCUCUAAUUGUUAAGAUGGUACCCUUAGCAAUUGGUAUGGCAGUGACUCGAGCCAAAAUGUGUCUUAAGUACCUAUCCGUCAAUUGACAUUUGAUACGAGUCUAACGACUCUUUCCCAAUUUCUUUCAGAAAUGGACCGUGGUGGCAGGAUUACUAGGAGAAACCCGACCGGCCGUGUACCAGAGGAGACUGGACAGGGCAGUCGAAGGACCUCUAGGGCAUCUAGAGGAGCGGGCCGUGGAGGCCGAUCGCAGACCGUGAGUGACGGUCAUGUCGACACAGAAAGUGAAACCUACUGGUCCUAUGAGGACUCGACUUACCAACCGGGGACCGAGCCGGUUGAGACCCCUUACGAAGGGGAUGACGAUGAUGUGAGCGAUGAAGAGGGGGAGAAUGACUCCUUAGCAAGAAUAGAGGCGCUGCUCCAACAAUAUCACCGUGAGCGUGAAGAGAGGAGGGAACGCCGAAGGCGCCGGGCUGGGCAACCUUCGGGCAUGGCUUCACGAGGAGGAAGUCAUGGUGCAUCUAGAGUCCAUGUGGAACCACGUGGAGGCCAAAAUGAUGGAGGUCCAACCAUAAGGAUCUCCAAGUACAACAAAGAAGCAAGAGAUUUGGGGUGCAAACCCUUUGAUGGAGCAGGGGACAUUUCAGUGGCAGCACAAUGGAUCAAGAGGCUAAAUGAAGCGGCCCUUGACAUGCAAAUCGCGCCGAAUCUCAAACUGAGAAUUGCGGUAAGAUUGCUCGAGGGGAUGGCAUCCAAGUGGUGGGAUGGAACCAAGAACAAGUACGGUGAGACCGUCGUUUGGGAGGACUUCCAACGGGAGUUCUUUGCCCAAUACUAUUCUGAUUUCGAGGUGAAUAAGAAGGUGAGGGAAUACACCCUCCUAACCCAAGGGGGUAACAUGUCAGUGAAGGAGCUUGAGUACAAGUUCCGGGAUCUCGCCGACUACAUACCGGAGUAUGCUUGUGACGAGAACCGCAUGGUGAACCACUUUUGGGACGCCCUUGACUUGGAGAUACGUGAUAGGGCAACGCAAUUGCCUAAUAUGACUUUCGCCCAAGUGGUUGAACAAGCAUUGAAAGGGGAGAAACAGUGGGAGGAACGGAAGAAGAGAGACGCCGAAGAGGCGAAGAAGAGAAAAUGGGAGAGUCAUGGCUCCCAAGGUUCCAACAAAAGGGGGAACCACGGAGGAGGAUCUUUCCGGGCACCACCGCCACCAUCAAGGGGGAACCAAGGCCCAAGUGGGCAAGGCUCGAGGUCACAGACCUCAGUGGUAACUCGUUGCAACAAUUGCAAGAGGAACCAUUCCGGUAAAUGUCGCGACCCCCCUAGAUGUUUCCAAUGUGGGGAUGCCGGGCAUUUGAAGGCACAUUGCCCACAACUGGGCGGAGCAAGGACAUCGGGACCAAGUAGUGGCCCGACGGGUACACGGAAUCAGACCGGGGCUUCUCAAGCAAGCAGGGGGCAAGGGGGAGCAAGUGCGAGCAACGCGCCAUCCGUGAACCAAGGGAGGACCCAGGCUAGGGUCUAUGCGAUGACGGAGGCGGAUGCUCAAGCUAACCCGGACUCCGUCGCAGGUUGAGGCUAGAGCUUGCUUCCUGUGCUCGUUGCCCGAGUGAUUUCCCCGGAGAGAAGACUUGGUUCGUGCUUCCUCCAUUCAGUUUUAGAACAUUAAUAAACAUGCUCAUGGAUAUUUUACUUUAGAGCCUGCGUGCUCAUGUUUGCCCUGUGUGGCCCUUUGUUUUAAACAAUGUUUUCCGCUGCGUAUUGAAUUGCUUAUUAUGAAUGUUUAUGGAUGACUUAUGUGUGAAUGAUAUUCAUGACGC